AUUCAACAAAUCCUGCAAGAACUGUGAGAAAUAAACUGGGAUAACCACUAAACGAAACAUAGUGCGGCUAAUUGUUCCACGAAAGACCAGGUGCAGGGCGCAUUCAUGGACAUCUAAACGCGAGCUGGCACUAAUGUCUGGAUCAUAUUUGGAUGGACGAGAGGCAGGGGGAGGGGCUGCUAGGUGAAAGAGGUAUUGAAGGGCGACGCCUUCGAGCGGUUGCCGACAGUCGGUGUUUGACUUGCCAGGAAUGCGCGAAGGCAGCAGCAGCAGCUCAGCCUUUUAGACUGACUGGAUUAGUAGCAUAUCCGACACCUGACACCCUCCCUCCACGACCAUAGGAGCUCACCCACCGGCCCCCAGACCAUCUUUAGACACAACCAGACUCCGGGUACCGUGGGUCAUCUCCGCAGGAUUAUACCUUAUAUGCAUAUAAGCUCACAGGUUAUGUAGAUGUAGGUUUGGGAGUAGGCUGCAGGCGCGCACAUCAUUUAUAGCACCCGAGUAGCCUAUUGUAAGCCAACAUGUUUCCUGUUUUCCCCCCUACAGAGCACCAUUUAUCUUAAUUAACAAGUUGGCCUAGGUGUAAUCACUGAAGCCUAAACGGCUCAUACCUUAUACGACAAAAACAAACUGUAUUUCCAUCCUCUUUUGCCAUUUUGUACAAGUUCCAUGGCCGCACAGACGGCAUUCCUGACACCCCGGCGCGGGGCCACCUGUUGCGGGUGUGUUUGGCUUUUUAAAAACGUCAUCAGGUGGGCGGAGCUAAGCUCGGAGACGCAGUCCCGUGUGUGAUUACAGCAGCGGCACUGUGAACGCCAUCUGUCCUGCUCUGCUUCCGUGAAAUCCGACCCCGGUUUUAUAGAGUUUUCAGAGGAGCAAGAUGGUGGCGAAGAGGAUCCGCUCGGAGUACAUGAAGAAGUUCAAAGAUCCCAAAUGGGACACGUACACUAAAUGUUACGAGGAGAUGUUGAAGUACAGGCUGACCCGCAGGCUGCUGGAACACACGCACAACCCCUGGUUCUGGAGCGGCUCCGAUACUGACUCGGACUCGGGAGGUAGAAGUCCUCCUAUUCCUCCAAGCAAGAACCAGGUACGGGACCAGGAGGAUACCGGUGGCCGCCCGGAGGCUGAGCUCGAGGAGUGUGGGGGUGCGAGGACGGACACACAACAGGAGCAGAGCAGAACCUCGGGGCCCGUACCCAGGCUUCCUAUUCAAGAAGAGGAGGAGGAUACAGGGCCUGCUGCACAGUCUGCACUUCAUGCAUCUGAUGCUAUGAGGGAGACAAAGGUACUACAAGAGGAGCAGAGAGCCAGCAACAGAGAGAGAGACUCUGAAGGACCCCGACCACAGCAGAGUAAACCCUCAAAGUCCUUGAGGCAACCCCGGCGAUCACAGCGGGUCAGGCCUGCACCAUCUCGACUGCCCAGAGAGGACAGUAAGGAGAGCAGACAUCCUUUCGCCUUGUAUGGGUCGGGGGAGAAAGAUGCAGACACUGCAGGAAGGAAGACGCACAACGUCGGCCCAGUGGCUUCGACUAAUGAGAUCUAUGAAUCAGCUCUGCGUGCUAAGACCAGGCGGGAGGUGGAGCGUCAUAUCCAGACUCAGCGGUCUGAGCGGCGGAGAGCCAAGUCUGCUGACCUGGACAAGGCCAGAAAAGUGGUCCAACCUGAGUUCAACCCCUGGCUAACUGAGUACAUGCGUUGCUUUUCGGCUCGCUCGCGAUAGGACACAAACCGGAAAAAAGACCCUCUACAUCAGGAUGACUCUAGACAACAAACACAAAACUGAAGCCAUCACUGCCUCUCGCCUCUAAAGUUUAAACUUCAAGUGGCCGAGUAGGACUAUAUUUAUACUGGGAUUACUUUUAAUGUUCCCUACUAUGAAUUUGAUAGUUACUUCAUCUAGAGUUUUCGGCAGUUCCUUUUUUAAAUGUUCUUUUCCCCUAUAUUUUAGAGUUAAAAUUGGCAUGCUGUAAAACAAACAUACCUCAAGGUUUAAAAUAAAUCUUUUUUUUCCCCCCUAGUAUUAUUGAAACAAAGAAAAUAGUUUCAAUAGAAGUAACAGACAGACAAUAAGGUCUGUUUUUUGCAUAAACAAUGCAAAAGAGCAAAAAAAAAAAGCAUUAUUGAAUGAUAUUAGAGCACAAGCACUAACAGAGCCCUUUAAAAAAAGAGUUCUUGCAUAUAAUAUAAUAGGGUCAUAAAUGACCACACUUGGUCAUUUUAGUGGCUAAAGGAGCAUGGUCACUUGAGGGUUAAACACCAACACAUGUAAAUGAUAACAUGAAAUGGAUUCAAACAGAUUCUCAGGAUGGAAGCUGACUUUCCUUCAAUGUUAAGUUUCACUGUGUGGCUUAUUCCUCCAUGUUUCUAUAAACCGCUUUUACUAAGACAGUACAAUAAUAUGUAUUUUACAGAGUAAGAUACUUUAUAACAAAUGUAAAAAUAAUGGAUACGUCUGUAAUACACAAGUUUAGUUGAGGAUGAGGAGUCCCAAACGUAUGUCAAAGCCAUACUUUGAUGCAGCCCCUUUAAAUACAUGCUGUAUAAGAUGUACCCAUAUUUUUAUACAUAGAUCUCAAACUACAGUGGGACAUGUCGAAAAGAUAGAGCCUUGUUCUUCUGAGGUAAAGUGAACAAUGGUGUGAACGUAUAUAAUAAUACGUCAUUUCCUGUGUGCGCACACAGACACAAAUUUAUGCCAAGAACUCGGAGUAGUUUAAUCAGAUGAAAGUUUUAUUUCAAAUUCACUUGACUUUUAAUGUGCAUAUUUUCCUAUUUGUGCAGAGUACAGCUGAGUACACUUAAUUGAUGUAUAGAUAUAUUGAUAUGUAAGAGUGGAUUUUUAAUGCUGGGAGCUGCUUCACCUUUGUGUCCCUCCUGAUGGUUCAGACGUGGUUGUUAGGUAGUGACUCACUUUAUGCUGACAGUGAAAAUCACACGUGUUUUGUGACAUUGCAUUUUCAAGUAUUUUCAUGAACUCUGAUGCGUUAGUGACUUAAAGUGGUUUUAUAACUGAUAGCAUUGCUUUGUUCUUAAUCAUUUUGGUGCUAAGGUCUCAACGGUAUUGUGGAUACUGCGGACUUUCCUUCAUACAUCCACACACGCAAGUAGCAGCAGUAUCAGAGAGAGUUGAACACACUGCAGUUUUUUUGUUUUAAAAGCACAGGUAAAUAGAAAAAAACACAAGCAGAUUUAGAAACAUUCAGAGAAAAUAACCAACUACAGAGAAGUGCUGCACAGACAACACCUGAAAGAUUUACAGGGGACGCAAAAACGAUAGACUGUGUUUGGCUGACGGAGCACAGUCUAUCGACUUGCAGCUGACUUGCUGCUGACUUCAAUAACUUAAGUCACAAAAACAACAAGCAUGUAUGGAAGCUGUAUGGACAACAAACAUUUUUUGGCAUCCAUGAGUAAAAUCUUUGACUAACUAACUUCUGAGAAAAUUACUUGAAAUUGAAAUAAAUACAUUUUUUACUUACGGCUCAAAACUAGGGUUGUCAACAUUAAUGCAGAUUAAUCCGUCAUCACACUUAACGCGAUUAAAAUUUUAUGCAAUUCACCCAUCUGAAUUGCAGAAUGACUCAAAAUCCCUGAAAUGUCUCCGUCAAUGUAUUUCGGGCAGUUUGUCCAAAGUUUGUCCAUUCUGACCGCCAAAGAUUUUAAUCACAUUAAUCAUGAUGAUGCGUUAAUGUUGAGAGUCCUAGUCAAAAUCUAUGUAUGUUUGUUUGUUUUUGGUGUGGUGGCAAAAAAGCUUCCUUAUAGUUUGGUUUAUCACCUCUUUGUGUCCUCUAGAAAUAUUUCCAGUUUUUGAAUAGGCCUUUGUGAGGGUUUGACUAGUACCUAUGUAAGCACAUACAUGAAAGGCAACCAAAAUCUGUAUUGUUCUGUUGCUUUCAACAAUUUAAUAUUUGAUAUUUAGCAAAACUAAAUAUCAGAAUAUUUUAAUCUACGUGAUUUGGCUCCGUUUUAAGCCUCUGUAUUUAAAACCUUCUGUCUGAUUGAGUGUUGGAUUUGCAGUUGAUGCGCUGGCAGAUGGAAGAUACUUAAAAAAAUUAAUUGCUACUUGCAUGCAUUUCAUUAAACUAGAGCGUGUUGAGCUCCCUUUGGUUUGUUGUUGAGGCCAAACGUCUUUAUCGUUAUUAAUUUAGAGUCAGUUACAGCUUAAAUAACCAUUAACAGGAAAUGCAUACAAACACAUUAUGCUGAUGUACUGUUUGGUUUUCAGCCAGUCAAGAAGCGCUUUGAUCAUUUAAUCACUGUGUUGUUUUCAUGUAAUUAAUUUAUGAACAUUAGACAAAAGUAUGUAAACUCAAAUAAUGACUGUUCAAACCACAAGAAGUCAGAUCUAGUAAUGUAACAAAGAUAAAAUAAGCUUUGUGCCAUUAAGACUUGGUGAACAAACAUUUUCAGCUGUUGUUGGUGUAAAUAUUUUGCAGAUGAUAGUUUGGUUAGUGGCCCCGCUUUUACUUUUGUUUUUACUUUUUCACACUUGAUUUCUGUGAAUGUUGAAACUUUGAGUUCAGUAUUACAUUGUUAAGAUUUGCUUUUAAGUUUUAAUGAAAUGCAGGUUGGUGCAAUAUUUUGAUGCUUUAAAAGUCGGUUUUGAGCCUUUGUGAUUUUAGAUGUGAUGAACUUUGACAAUCUCAAAAAACAGGAGGGAAGCAGAACGAUACAUUCCUUACUUCUUUGUUAGUUAUUGGGACAAAGCUUUAUAGUCGACUUAGACUGUUUAGACGUGUACCUCUAGUCAGGAGAUAUUUUACUCACUAUGUGUUUUUCUUAGGUUUACAUGAUAAUGUGUGGCAGAAAUCCACCAAGCCAAAACAUUCCUGACACGUUACUCAUUCACGCUUCACAGUGCAGGAUGAUGUUAGUGAAAAAUGAGUUUCACGUGAUUGUGAAGGCACUUGCAUGACAAAUAACUGAUGUACUUGGUCUAGUUUACUAACAACAGAUGUAACAACUGUAAAACUGCUUAAUUCUGUACAUUCUUUGUUUACAUAUUGAGCUUUGAACAAGCUUCAUUGUCAUAAUUAAAGGAUUUAAAACA